CGCGCUCGCGCUCUCGCGGCUCCUGCGCCUCAUAAAUCACUUGCUGGACCGCGCGCGCGUGUGGAGCUUCGCGUGACACGCGGUACGCGGCCAGCCAACGCUUGGAGCGAUACCAUUGCCUGCAGACAUCACAGGAGGUCGGAGAGCAAACUCGGCUCUCCGUACAAAACGUCCGUCCAAUGAAGGCCGGGCUGCUCGUCCUCGCGGCGGCGAGCGCGCUGCAGCCGCCGCGCACGGCUCGGCGAUUAUUGAAGUUGCACGCCGCCCCGGCGCCCGCGUACGUCGCGGGCGCGUGCCUCACGGGCAUCGCGUGGAAGCCAAUUGUAACAAAAGCGAUGGACGACUGGUACGAUAACGGAGAUACGAACUUCCGGCGGCCGGCCUGGGCGCCGCCGCGCAAGUGGUUCCCGCCGAUAUGGCGCGUGAACUACUUUCUGAUCGGUCUGGCCGCAUCCAGAAGAGCGGCGGCGGGAGGGCUGCCGCCGGUCGCGUGGGUCCACUACGCCCUCAACAUGUGCUGGGCGCCGCUCUUCUUCAAGUUUCGGCAGUUAAAAGCGGCCGUCGUCCUGAACGUGGGCCUCGUCAUUACGCUCGUGGCGGCUCUGCCAAGCUUCGCCGAGGCCGGCGCCGCCCUUCUCCUCGCGCCGUACCUCGGCUGGCUCGCCUUCGCGACGGCCCUGAGCCUCCAGAUCGCGCGGCUGAACCCGGCCGGCGUUUCUGCUCAAACGGCGAACGGCGCGUGGCGGGCGACCUGCGACGCCUCGGGCGUCGUCUCGUGGUACGACUUCGGCGUCCGCCUCGGCGGUUGAGACUCGCUGCUGCUCCCCGCACCGGGCUGAGUAGUAUAAAGAAUCGGAUGGAUA